AUGAUAUCUUCAAAUACUACAUAUUCAUCUCAUCAUAGUGAAAUGUCACGAUCAAUUCUUACAAGAUGUUUUCAACUAUGGGCUAUAGUAAUAGCACCUUUUUUGGUUAUAGCUCUUGCUGUUUUAACAAUUGUAUUUGGCCUUCUUUGGAGCCAAAGUCAAUCUUCUUCGUCAAAAAAAUUUGCAGUCGAAAAAGGAAUUAUUGGUUUUCCUAUUACUUUACCAGAUGAUGGUCGAUAUGUUCAAUGGACAUUUUUACAUCUUAAUGAUGUUUAUGAAAUGUUACCAUUAGAUAAUGGACAAAGAGGAGGUUUAGCACGUGUUGCUCAUAUAAGAAAAUUAUUAUUAGAAGAAAAUCAUCAAACAUACACUGUUCUUGCUGGGGAUCUUAUUUCACCAUCAGCAUUGAUGCAGUCGCAAGUGAACGGCACAGCAUUGCAUGGGCGUCAUAUGGUAGCAACUAUGAAUACUUUAGGUCUCGAUUUUAUGACAUUUGGUAAUCAUGAAUUUGAUUUCUCUAAUACAGAUAUAAUUUCACGUAUGAAUGAAUCAAAUUUUACGUGGAUUAGUUCAAAUGUAUUUGAUAUGACAAAUAAUAAAUCAUUUCAUACUAGUAUUCCAUAUAAACUAUUAAAUAUUGAUAGUGUUCGUGUUCUAAUCAUUGGCUUAACAACUUAUGUCAACAAAUCAUAUGUUCAAAGUGUUGAUCAAUCAUCACUUAUACCUUUUGUUCAAAAAUUUCUUCAAUCAAUUUCACAAGUUCAAUAUGAUGUUCUUGUUGCAUUGACUCAUUUGGAUCUUGACAAAGAUAUAGAACUUCUUGAAAAUAUUCCCAAAAUCAAUCUAAUUAUGGGUGGACACGAACAUGAAAAUUAUUAUCUAUCAAGAGGUUCAAAAUAUGCUCCGAUUUACAAAGCUGAUGCAAAUGCGUUUAGUGUUUAUAUCCAUCGAUGUGCUUUUAAUUUGGAUACACGACGAUUUCGUAUUUAUAGUAAUUUGGCACUUGUUACACCUGAUGUACAAGACGAUGCAAAAACGGCUCAAGUCGUUAAUUAUUGGUUCGAUUUAGCUAUUCAAAGCUUCGAAGCUCUUGGCUUUCGUCCAAAUCGAACAAUAUCUUGUUUACCAUCAUCAGUUGAACUGGACGGUCGUUACGCAUCAGUAAGAAAUUUUCCAACACUUUUAUCAAAUUUUUCUUGUGAAUGUAUGGUGUAUGCAACAACCGAUAGCAACACAACGAUCGGACUUUUUACCAGUGGAUCGAUUCGUAUCGAUGAUGUACUUCGAGGAAUAAUAAUAGAGUACGAUAUUUUACGAACAUUGCCGUAUCAAAAUAAUUUAUAUGCAAUAUCAGUUCCUGGUGAAAUACUCGCAAGAGUAUUCAUAAAUAGCAUGUUAUUGAAAGGUGAUGGCAUGUUUCUUUCCUAUAGUGGAGUUGAAACGACAGAUGGAGGAAAAACAUGGCUAAUGAAUGGUCAAGAUAUAUCAAAAACGGGUCUCAACUAUAAAAUAGCAACAACUGACUAUGCUCGAGAAAAUGUGAAAGGAUUGAAUGAUGGAACCGUUAGCAUUUUAAAAUUUUACAAUACAACAUCUCAAACACAAAGUUUAAUAAAUUAUUUGCCAAGCAAAUAUCCACCAUGCUGA